GCCACACAUUUAGUUAGAACUGGGAGCUCAUAAUAUACAAACGUUCCGCUGCUAAGACAAUGAAAAAUAAAAUAGCGUUGAUCUGUAUCCUUGUGGUACUGAGCCUUGACUGGCUAUAUGAAGGCAGUGUCCGCGCGGACAGCGACAGCGACAGCAGCAGCAGCAGCAGUAGCAGUGGAGAGCAUAAAUAUAAAUACGGAAAAAAGAAGAACAAGAACAAAUACAACUAUCCCGCGUACCCGAGUCCAUACGAGUACAAUCCGUAUCCCAAUCCAUACCCACAAAACAAUUACAACCCAUAUCCCUACAAUCAGUUUAUGCCGCCCUAUCAGCCGCCAUAUAGUCCGUAUCCUUACAACCAGUUCAUGCCACCUUAUACACCUCAAGGGACUUUGGCUCCGUCAGUGGGUCCAAAUCCAAGCUGGAACUAUAAUGGACCUCCAAAUCAGCAACCAGCUGUCCCUCCGGGACAGGCCCCACAAACGCAGCCCGCCUCAAGUGUAAUCAACCACUCGCUUAAAGUCAACAAAGAAUACAACGAAGACGGACACCAUACAUCUUAGGAAUGCUUUUAUAAUAAAACAAAAAUAAACAGGAAGAGUAAACUACAACAA